AUGAUCGGAGCAAAAGAGAAAAUGAUCCCAAACAUGAAUAAGAGGAAAAGAGUUGAGUCCGCCUCUGUGGGGGAAGACGCCUCCAGUUUCUACAAGAGGCUGGGACUGGACAUACUGACCCCAUCCUCCACUUCCGGCCUGUCUCAGCAGACUGGACUGAACACUAAGAGCCAUGUGCAUCGAACCUGCCGUACAGCUUCUCAAACAUCUAAUGCCACCCAAAGAUCUGACAACGGGGUUCCACAAUGGGUCCAGUCUCAUCAGAGAGACAAUCAAACUAACACUGCCAGGACUUCCUACACAAGUCAGCAUGUAGGGUCCGAGUCAGUAGUGACCAGUCUGUCCCAGAAUGUACCCACUGGUCGUCCUGUUGGUGGCUACCAAUCUACCCACCGUCAUGGACAUGACUCAAACCAUGCUCAACACUCAAACUAUGGACAUUGGAAGCAGUCCAGCCAUGCUAAUGAACACCAGUCAAAUCAUGCUCAAGGAAACGUGUCAACUCAUGCUCAUGGGCACCAACCAAGACAGUCUCAUGGGCACCAAUCUUACCACCAUGGGCACCAGUCUACUCAUUCCAGUGUGAACCAAGCACGCCGUGCACAAACCAAGACUGACUUUGACAAUGAUGGCGCUUUUUGUUGGUCACGACGAGAUCCACUUCAAAUUCAUGAUCUGUCACAACCAAGAUUUGACAGACCAGUCAGGAAAGAGCCUCAAGUCAAGCCAAUCGACAAGUAUGCGCCUCCGGACUACCUAACCAUCAUGUAUCACCCGACGCCGACUCUAGAGGACCUGGGACUGACCAGCUAUUUGGACAGUCCCCCCUCGUCACCGAGACCUUUGUCACCCGUCAGAGAUUCUGAGCAGAGUGUGACAGCGGCAACUACCGAGUCAGAACAAACUGACAAAACAGCGGCUGUAAGCUGGAAGCAGGCUGAUGCAAUAACGACACUUAGCUUUAAGCAGACUGAUACAAAAGCUGCAGGCUCUAGGAUAACUGAUACAUUACUUCCUUGGAAGCUGAUAAGGAUCACCAUCCCAGAUCAGGACGUCAAGCCGGCUGUACAUCUGGAGGGAAGUCAUGUUGGUGAUCCACGUCUUCUGUUUGGGAGACGAUCAAGGGGACAACUCAAUAAGAGGGGAGGCAGUGUUUGUGUGGGACAAUCACAAUUUAACAACAAGGAAGGCAUUGUUUGUGACACACGCCAUGGUUUGGCUGCUUCGCAACCGUCGGUUCACCAAUUCCUGGAGUCUCAGUCGUCUGCUCUGACUGGACCAAACGAUGCAAAAAGAAAGGGACCGGAGCCUAAUGCAGCUGAUAGACCUAAGAAAAAGUUGUGUGUCUGGUCAACGGUCACUGAGCAAUACGUGGCAGAGAGUUGUCAGUGUGAUAAUCAAGAGGCAAGACGUGACGCAGCGUACAGACGAUAUGGCUGUGACAGGCGUCCAUGUAUGCCUCAACAAUCAUAUGACGCAGAGCGUCACCAGGCAAACACCAAAUAUCAAUCACAACCUGCAAGGGAAGAGUCGUACGAUGAGAUGCUUGCUCGUCAGAAAGCCAGACAGAACGAGCGUCAACAUCUGAAAGCUGCUGUCCAGACUCCAAAACUCACCAACAGUGUCCGCUCCACCUUAAACACUCAUACUGGCAAUAAGGUUCCACAGACGUCCGAACCCGCUGUCUCUCUGGACCUGUUUGGUGGGAUGUCGCCAUUUAGUUGUUGGAAUCGGACAGCUCCGGAAGACCCGAGGUUCUCCUAACUUCCGGUCUUUCUAAUGUUGUGGAGCUGUUUCCUGAAGCGUUUAUACAUGAAUGGAAUGAACUACUUUCAACUACUGUGUCUUUCAUGACGUUUUUGAUGCCCGUGGCAACCAAUCUGUGAUAUCAUGCGAUAUCUGUGAUAUCGUCUGUGAUAUCGACUAUGGUUGUGAUAAACUUUACAUGUUGUCUAUGACAGUAAUAUUUAUACUUUACAUGUUAUCUGUGACGGUGAUAAACUUAACAUGUUGUCUGUGACAACGUUUUUUAUCAUUACUUUGGGCACUGUGUGUCCAGAUGAAGUAACCGGUCAACCUAAUUCAGAUGGAAUUUCAAUCUGCUCAA